AGGUUGCCUUGGAAACACUCUAUGGGGGCAGGAAGAGUUGGGGCACAGUCACCCAGCAACAGGUGGUAGCCUCCCUUCCGCCUUCUUCUGAGGCCAGCCCUCCAGGGCCUUUCAGAUAGCUACACACACCCUCCCAGCAUGCACUCGGAAGAACGGCUCUGAAGACAGAGAAAUUCAAGAUCCAGUCAAGGUGAAAGCGGAGACAUUCCCUGCUUCACCUGUUGUCCCUCCUCAUCAUUGAGUCUCCCAGAUGCCUUCAACUCCUGGGCAGCCCUCAGGGCACACGGAGGGGCUCCCGGAGCCUACAGCGGAGGCAGCCAUGUGGGCAGCAUUCCCCUGUGGCCCUUGUAUUCCCAUCAUGCUGGGCUUGGCCUCUCUCACAGCCUUCUUCAUCAUAACUACUGCGGUACUGGCUGAACGCCUGUUCCGCCGCCCACACCCAGACUCCAGCAAGCAUGCGCCCACCCUCGUAUGGCGUCCUGGAGGAGAACUGUGGAUUGAGCCCACAAGCAGUGCCCGGGAGCGCUCUGAGGACUGGUAUGGCUCCUCCAUACCCCUGCUGAUGGACAGGGCUCCAGACCCCCCAACUCCUGGGGGAACAUUGGAGGGCAGAGCAACUGCUCCACCAGCCCCUUCAAUCCCACACUCUUCUCCCAGCUCCUUAGUUCCCCAGACCCCACCAGAAGUCCCAGCCCAGAGCACCUUCUGGAGGCCUCAAGCCCAAGAGGAGAGGCUCCAUGCCACAGGCCUAGUGAGCUGGGUCGAGCCUGACAUGAGUCAAGAGGCUGGAAUGCAGGUUGGGAGCCCCAAGUCCUGGAGGAUGAGGCAGGGGAGCCUUGAACCUGACUGGGGUCUCCAGCCUCGGGUCACCCUGGAGCAGAUCUCUGCGUUCUGGAAAAGGGAAGGCAGGACCAGUGUCGGCUUCUGAAUCCUCAGAGCCUGUAAGACUAGCCUCCCAUCUCAGAUGAGCUGAAAGGACUCAGCUGCAGCUUCAGGCCUGGACACCACUCUGGAUGUUUCUCUAGGCCCUGCCUAGAGUCUAGGGACUUUUGUGUGGAAAUUUCUAUCUUUGGCACCUGGCUGGUGGGCAGGCUGAGAGUGGGGACAGCCUGUGCACUGUGGCUUGCACUAAAGUUCAGCUUUGGUUAAACUGUCCGGGUUGUGGGCCAGAAGGCUUCAAGAUGGCAUGUCAGGGUACAAAUUUACCUAAGACACCAUGUCAUCAUGAAGAGGUCCUGUGUAGGAUGCUGAGCAACAGUGAGGAACAGAUGAUUAUGUGUCAAUCA